GUGUAAACAGGAAGUAACCGUCGAGGGAAGGGAACCUGUUUUUGCUGUUAAUGAUAUUGUAAAAACGGAGGCUUUUUAUAAUUGGCGAACGUGCGCAUAAAUACUGGGGGUUUGACGAUUCGUUUACAUUCGAUGUGUGGUUCAUAGUCGAUAUUGGUUAAUUUUGAACGAUCCGAUUCCCUGACGUAAUCGAUCCAGGACAUCUUUAGCCAAAACCUCAACCAGUGUGCCUCAAAGAGAAAUACCUGGGUACUGAUCAGUACAGGAGCGUGAAGACUUGUCAUGGGGAAAAGCUGUAAAGUUGUGGUGUGUGGUCAAGCUGCAGUUGGAAAAACUGCCAUACUAGAACAGCUGUUGUAUGCCAACCAUGUUGCAGGUUCGGAGCCAAUGGAGACCCUGGAGGACAUCUAUAUUGGCUCCAUAGAAACAGACCGUGGCACCAAAGAGCAGGUGCGCUUUUAUGACACUCGUGGACUCCGCGAGGGGCUGGAAUUUCCCCGGCAUUACUUCACUUUUGCCGACGGAUUCGUGCUCGUCUACAGCAUUGACAGCAAAGAGUCGUUUAAGCGAAUGGAGGCGCUUAAGAAGGAUAUUGAUCGUCAAAGAGACAAGAAGGAGGUGACAAUCGUUGUGCUGGGAAAUAAACUGGACAAGCCAGACGAGAGGAGAGUUGACCCCACCUAUGCCCAGAAUUGGGCGAGAAAUGAGAAGGUCCGUCUGUUUGAAGUGUCGGUGGUAGACCGUCGCACACUCAUCGAACCCUUUGUUUAUCUGGCCAGCAAAAUGACUCAACCACAGAGCAAGUCCACAUUCCCUCUCAGUCGCAAUAAGAACAAAGGUGGGGGUUCGACUGACAGUUAAAAUGAUCCUCAAAGGUGAGGAGGGGGUGUGUGUGAAAGGGAAAGCAGGUUUUUUAGGUUCUGGAAGGGAGAAAAAGACCGAAAUACUGCUGUGAUAUUUAUAACCAGUGAGUGCUGUCAUAUUUGAUUGAUCACUAUAUUUGCUGUCAAAGUGAAAAACAAUGAAGAAAAAAAAAUCUGUUGGUGUAAUUUAAGUUUCUGAGAAUCAUGGUCAAACUAUUUCACUUGGAGCUUUGCUUGAAUCAUAGAUUUAGGCCUAAAUGUUCUUUAUUUUCUUACAAUAUAUCUUUUGAUUUAGUCUUGGGGAGCUCAUCAACUUAUCAUGCUUAAAGCCAAUUUCUGAGCUGUAUUUGUGCACAAUUGCUUGAGGUGUGUGCACAUUCACACUACAUGAUCCCCAGGACUGAAGGAAGAAUGGCAGCCGGAUGGCAGCGGGGCGUGUGGGUCAAGACGUAAAGAAACGUUCCUAGUUAUGUAGGUGGAGUUUCGUUACACUCUCCAUGUUCCUUGCUGAAAUUUAUUGCCGGAUGCUGAUGAGUGAUGACUGACAUUCCUUACUGUAAAAAGCUUUCUGUACAGAAUGUAUUUUUCUUUUUAAAAGCUGAAUGUUGCUGCAGACUCUGUUGUUUUGGUUGUUCCCUGUAAAACACACAAAGAAUAAGACAACAUUUUGAUCCAUGUGACUGUUUAUCUGCGUCAAACUACGUGUAUCAGGUAAAACCAAGCUCUAUAUUUCGUCCAAUCACUGAAGAUUUUUAUCAGGUUGCAUAAAUAAAUCAGAUCUGGUAAAGAAAUGA